GGUCAGCUGCGACUUUGAGCACACGGGAGGCGGGACUUCCUCCGGGAUGCGUGUGAUUGAGUUGUGGAAGCGGAAGUGGAGGGCUGCAGCUCUUGGAAAAAAAACACAGAAGCUGCAACAUUGUGUUGAGGACUGGGAGGCGCCGAUCUGUCCGGGGAACCCGAAUCAGCGAUCCACCAGCACCGGAGCACCAAGAACCGGGGACGAGCAAGUACCUCGCCCCCCAAAACGACAAAGGAGAGCGCUGCUGACCCGAGACAUCAUCAGCACCAUCGGAGCAGACAGACAGACAGACCGACGGACACAGCGGGGUGUUGACCCGUGCACGGGAAUCUGCCAGGGUGCCAUCAGUCUCAGCAGCUCCGGUGAGGAUGAGUGUGGGAGACUCAAACCCGGCCGCAGUGCCCAGCCCAGUGCAGGACGUGCAGGGGGACGACCGGUGGAUGUCACAGCACACCCGCUUCGUUCUCGAGUGCAAAGACAAGGAGCCCGAUGUUCUGUUUGUGGGGGACUCCAUGGUGCAGCUGCUACACCAGUACGAGGUCUGGCAGGAGCUCUUCUCUCCGCUCCACGCGCUCAGCUUCGGGAUCGGAGGCGACACCACGAGCCACGUGCUGUGGAGGCUGCAGAACGGAGAGCUGGAGAACAUCACACCCAAGGUGGUGGUAGUCUGGGUAGGAACCAAUAAUCACGAGCACACGGUGGAGCAGAUUGUCGGGGGGAUCCAGGCCAUCGUACACCUGAUCAACACAUGCCAGCCGCAAGCGAAAGUGGUCGUGCUGGGAUUGCUGCCCCGCGGGGAGCGGCCGAACCCCCUGAGAGAGAAGAACGCGGAGGUGAACCGUGUGCUGCGCGCCUCCCUGCCGCGCCUGGGCAGCGUGCAGUUCCUGGACGUGGGCUCCGGGUUCGUGCAGUCCGACGGCACGAUCUCCACCCACGACAUGUUCGACUUCCUGCACCUCACCCCCGCAGGCUACGCCGCCAUCGCCAAGCCCCUGCACGACCUGCUGCUGCAGCUACUGGAAGAGACCCCCGAGGAGAGCCGGCCCAUCCUCGCCUGAUUGGAGCAGGGGAGACACGCCCCUUCAAGGAUUGGAUCGGAGCUUAGUUUGUAGGAUAGAGGAGGUUACAUGAUUGGCUAACACAGUUGUGGCUGCAAUGGAGAGUCAGUGUUGUGUAUUAAUUGGGUAGCAAACACAAAAGAAACUCUAGAAUAUUUAGGACCUCCUCUAGUCUAUGAAGCAAAUACCAAAUGAGAUCAGCCCUCCACUGAUACCAGUCUCAUUGGAGGAGAGGCUCCCUCUGGCCUCUGCUCUGAUUGGUGGAGAGGUGCUGCCCCUCAUUCUUGUACCCUCACUGGUGCGACACGCUAUAUUCUCCCCUGGGCUGCAUUGCCAGGUUUGUUGUGAACUGAAGCAGUUGGGGAACAUAUUUUUUUAGGAGGGAGGGGCACUUGAACCUCCUCUGAAUGUGCACCUGCUUCUUCAGUUCAGAAUGAGCUCUCUGGGGGAGGAGCCCCGCCUCCCCCUGGAACAGCAGCACAGCGCCCCGCCCUCGCAGCAUUCCAAAGCUCUCUGUUAUUCCUUUUAGGAUUUGUACAUCCGAAAUAAUGAUUGUAUUAUCAGGAUAAUGAUUUUCUUCUGUUUUUAUUUUUGAUGUGAUAAAUCAUUCUAACCCUGGUCCUGAGAGUUGUGCUGAGCUGUAGGAGAGAUGGGAGAUCGUAUGGAGCUUCUUAUUUAGACACUCUUGUUAAUUCAGCUGUCGCAAUCCUGUCCAAGUCUCUAACUAGACAAUUUGACCCAUUCCAAUCCCAACUAAUAGUUAUUGACACCCGUGUCACUGCAUUGUACAUAUUGACUCCCUCCCUGCUCGCUUGGUAUUGACUCCAUAUGGACCCCUGAAGUGUAGAUGUUGUAUUCCUGACCGGCCAGUAACUUUUCUGGACACUAACUGGAGCUUGUGACUGGUUCCCAGUUACAGUUUGUAAAUAUUGAGUCUCCCUGUGCACUUGCUCUCUGCCUGCUCCCCCUCCCCAGUCUCUGGUUGUUGAUAUUGACCCCCUUGAUUGUAUAUUUUAGCUCACACACUGUACAUUGACCCCCUGAUCUGAGGUGUUGACCCUCUCUCCCGCUCAGCAUAAUUCUGCCUCGGGCUCUGCAGGCGACUCCUUGUUCAUUGAGAAUCCUCUGUGCCAGAACAGAUCUGCUUUCCUCGCCCUCUCGUCUCUCUCAUGCCAGUGCUGUCGAGUUAAUCUUCAUCUCAGCGCUCUGUUCUUCUAGAGAGCUAGCUGUUGUUACUCGUACUGUUCCUAACCAGAAAAUGUGGGUCCCGUUCCCCGGUGACUACAGCAGAACAGGGGCUCCCCGGUGACUACAGCAGAACAGGGGCUCCCCGGUGAUUACAGCAGAACAGGGGCUCCCCGGUGAUUACAGCAGAACAGGGGCUCCCCUACAGCAGAACAGGGGCUCCCCGGUGACUACAGCAGAACAGGGUCUCCCUCAUGACUACAGCAGAACAGGGGCUCCCCGGUGACUACAGCAGAACAGGGGCUCCCCUACAGCAGAACAGGGGCUCCCCGGUGACUACAGCAGAACAGGGGCUCCCCUACAGCAGAACAGGGGCUCCCCGGUGACUACAGCAGAACAGGGUCUCCCUCAUGACUACAGCAGAACAGGGGCUCCCUGGUGACUACAGCAGAACAGGGGCAGGGAGUGUCUGGGUCUCUGAGCUUCACUAAGUAAAGAAGUUUUGUAGCUGAUGCUCUGUGCAUCGUUUACUGAGACACAGCGCCCCCCUGCUGCUCCCCCCUGUAACAGACCCAGCUCUGCGUGACUGGGGAAUGGGCUAGCCUCACUGCUUUACUAUAACCUGUACCUCAGUCCACAGUGCACAGCACCAUUUGAAACGUGAGGCGGGCUGAUAAUACUACUGUCUUUGUAGACUGUGUUGUGAGAUCAAAAUGAUCGUCGUUAAUAAUGUUAGACAGCUCGUUAGAUUAUGCAAAACUCUGAUGUGGAACGUUUUUGCUUUUCAGUCACGAUGCUGAGACGUGUGCACUACUGAUCCGCAGAGCGUCAUUUCACCUCGACUGAGUCUUUCUGUGUUUAGAAAGUAUUACUAAUAUUGUUAUUGUGUCAUAAAAGGGUUACACAUGUACACUAGCCAUACAGAAUAUCUGCAUCAUUGAAUUAUAUUCCUGUGUGAUAGAGUGACGCAACAGUUUAGCAUGGACCAGGAGAGGGGAACUUACAGGGAGACAGCAGAGUGUGUGUGAGAGAGAGACAGACAGAGAGAGGAACUGUUACAGGGAGACAGCAGAGUGUGUGAGAGAGAGAGACAGAGACAGAGAGAGGAACUGUUACAGGGAGACAGCAGAGUGUGUGUGAGACAGAGACAGAGAGAGGAACUGUUACAGGGAGACAGCAGAGUGUGUGAGAGAGAGAGACAGAGACAGAGAGAGGAACUGUUACAGGGAGACAGCAGAGUGUGUGUGAGACAGAGACAGAGAGAGGAACUGUUACAGGGAGACAGCAGAGUGUGUGAGAGAGAGCAGAGAGAGGAACUGUUACAGGGAGACAGCAGAGUGUGUGAGAGAGAGAGACAGAGACAGAGAGGAACUGUUACAGGGAGACAGCAGAGUGUGAGAGAGAGAGCAGAGAGAUGAACUGUUACAGGGAGACAGCAGAGUGUGUGAGAGAGAGCAGAGAGAGGAACUGUUACAGGGAGACAGCAGAGUGUGUGUGAGAGAGAGACAGAGACAGAGAGAGGAACUGUUACAGGGAGACAGCAGAGUGUGUGUGAGAGAGAGACAGAGAGAGGAACUGUUACAGGGAGACAGCAGAGUGUGUGUGAGAGAGAGACAGAGAGGAACUGUUACAGGGAGACAGCAGAGUGUGUGUGAGAGAGACAGACAGAGAGAGGAACUGUUACAGGGAGACAGCAGAGUGUGUGAGAGAGAGACAGAGACAGAGAGAGGAACUGUUACAGGGAGACAGCAGAGUGUGUGUGAGAGAGACAGACAGAGAGAGGAACUGUUACAGGGAGACAGCAGAGUGUGUGAGAGAGAGCAGAGAGAUGAACUGUUACAGGGAGACAGCAGAGGUUGUGAGAGAGCAGAGAGAUGAACUGUUACAGGGAAACAGCAGAGGUUGUGAGAGAGAGCAGAGAGAUGAACUGUUACAGGGAGACAGCAGAGGUUGUGAGAGAGAGCAGAGAGAUGAACUGUUACAGGGAGACAGCAGAGUGUGUGUGAGAGAGAGACAGAGACAGAGAGAGGAACUGUUACAGGGAGACAGCAGAGUGUGUGAGAGAGAGCAGAGAGAUGAACUGUUACAGGGAGACAGCAGAGGUUGUGAGAGAGCAGAGAGAUGAACUGUUACAGGGAGACAGCAGAGUGUGUGAGAGAGAGCAGAGAGAUGAACUGUUACAGGGAGACAGCAGUCUGCCUGCACUCUGCUUUCUUUCCCUGUAUUCGUCGAUUGGAAACGUACCCAGUCUGUCCCCACACAGGCGAGUCUGUGGGUCUGGGUGCUUGCAGUGUCUCUCCCCACAAGGCUGGCUGAGAGGAGGAGAGCGCUGCAUCCUGGGUACCUGCUUGUGUAGUUUAAGCCUUGCGUAGAUUUAAUUCUACACAGCCCCGUCCGAAUGUACAGGUGAUUCAAGAGUAAGGUUACCACAUCAAUGACAGGGUGAGCUGAUGUGUUAAACUGACUUUCUAAUCACCCAGAGUCUGUGUGUGCUGCCUGGGUUUGUCGUAGCAGAGUAUUCAAAUAAAAACAAGAACCAGUGGAACAGGA